AUGGGUUUUAUCCUGUCUUGGAACUGUCGUGGCAUUCGGUCGAAAUUAUUUGAAAUCAGAACCAUUCUGAAUGAAUUUCAUCCUGCUUGUUUCUGUCUUCAAGAAACUUUCUUGAGGCCAAAUAUCCCCCUAAAAUUACGAGGUUACAAUACUGUGCGGAAAGACGCCGAUAACCAAUCCCAUAAUUCUGGGGGCGUCUGCAUUUUAACCUCCAAUUCCGUUCCUAGCACACCUCUCACACUUCAUACUGAUUUACAGGCUGUAGCAGUUCAAGUGCAUCUACGAACACUUGUUACAGUUUGUUGUAUUUAUUUGCCACCCAAUGCUUCAGUCAGACAGCAAGAUCUAGAUAAGUUAGUGGAUCAACUCCCUGCCCCAUUUAUUUUACUCGGGGAUUUUAAUGGCCAUAGUACCUUGUGGGGUUCUGUUAGUACAAAUUCCCGUGGGCUACAAAUCGAACGGUUUAUCACAAAUAAUUGCCUAUGCCUGCUCAAUAAUGAAGAAAAAACGUACUUUCACCAAUCCACGCGUACUUUCCAUAGUUUAGAUCUUGCCAUAUGUUCGCCAGUGCUUUUGCCGGUUCUAAAUUUUGCAGUUAAAAAUGAUCUGCAUGAUAGUGAUCAUUUUCCAAUUGUAGUUUCCCAAGCUGAUAGUGGUAGUGUUAUUCAAAGUCCACCUCGAUUUUUAUUCCAGCGAGCGGAUUGGACUGGUUUCACUCAACGAGCAAAAAUUACUGAAACUAUGAUUAACAAUGCAGAUAUCUCGACAGCAGUACAGUGCGUCGUCGACUGCAUUAUGAAAGCCGCAAACAAAAGUAUCCCUAAGUGUUCACCCCGUAUACGGAAAUUCCGCAGAGCAUGGUGGAAUCAAUCUUGCCAUGACAGUUACAAGAAACAGAAGCAUCUUUGGAAUAAAUUUCGCAGGUAUCCCACUACGGAAAACCUUGUCGCAUUUAAGAGAGCUAAAGCUUAUGCACGCCGAAUUCGACGGAUUAGUCAGAGGGAAUCAUGGAUGAAAUACGUUUCAUCUAUCACAUAUUCUACGUCUAGUAAAAAAUUAUGGAGAAAAGUCAAAGCAGCCAAUGGAAUUUACCCUGAAUUUUCACUUCCUGUGUUCAAAUCGGGAAAUGUAAUAUCUUCCUCACCUCUGGAAGUUGCUAAUAUGCUCGGGCGAGCAUUUGAAAAAGUCUCCGCUUUUGAUUCUUAUAGUCCUACAUUUCUAGCAACUAAGAAUCGAGCGGAAGAAAAAUGUUUGAAUUUCACGACCCGCAGAUAUCUUGCAUAUAAUAGUCCUUUUAGGCUGCUUGAGUUAAAAAAAGCUUUGUCUCAGACCCAUGAUACUAGCCCAGGUCCUGAUGGAAUCACUUAUAAUAUGCUUCGCCAUCUGGAUGAAGUCUCACUGUUCAAUUUGUUAAAACUGUUUAACAGAAUAUGGAUUGAACAAAAGUUUCCAUCAAAAUGGCUCGAGGCUAUAGUGAUUCCAAUCCUUAAACCCGGAAAAGAUCCUACCAACCCUCUGAAUUAUAGGCCAAUCGCUCUGACUAGUUGUAUGUGCAAAACUCUCGAGCGCAUGGUCAAUGCCCGACUAAUGUUUGAAUUGGAGAAACAGGAAUAUAUUUCGCCGUUACAGAGUGGCUUCCGACGAGGACGCUCAACUUUUGAUAACAUCGUCCUUCUGGAAACAGAAAUUCGAAAUGCCUUUGUUCGCAGGAACCACCUUGUGUCUAUCUUUUUCGACAUUGAAAAGGCCUAUGACCGAACGUGGCGUUAUGCGGAAGGAGUACCUCAAGGAAGUGUCCUCAGCGUCACACUAUUCAUCACUCAUUUCAGUGAAAUUAUUUGUCAGCUUCCUCCAUCUGUUCAAGGGACGCUUUAUGUGGACGAUCUGCAGAUUUCAGCUCAAGGCUGUAAUAUGCGUUUUAUUGAACGGCAGUUGCAGAAUGCCGUGAACAAAUUAGUUUCCUGGUGUGAAAAGAACGGGCACACUCUUUCUCCAGAAAAGAGUCGUUGUGUACAUUUCUGCCGUAAGCGAAACAUGCAUCCAGACCCUGUAAUUAAUAUUCGAGGAAACACCAUUCCUGUUGUUGAUGAUGUGCGAUUUUUGGGAAUAAUUUUUGAUAGGAAGCUCACUUUCCUUCCACAUGUUCUUCAUAUUCGGAAGAAGUGUGAAAAAUCCUUGAAUAUCCUAAAAGUUUUGUCUAAUACUUCUUGGGGUGCUGAUCGCCCAUCCCUUCUCCGAAUUUAUCAGGCCGUCAUUUUAUCCCGCAUUGAUUACGGGUGCAUGGUGUAUGGUUCUGCACGCCCUUCUGUUCUGCUCAGGCUUGAUACGGUGCAUCAUUCUGCACUGAGAAUUUGCUCUGGGGCUUUCCGCACAUCACCCAUAGAAAGCUUAUAUGCUAUCUGCAAUCAAAUGCCUCUAGGUCUGCGACGUCAGAAAUUAACAGCACAAUAUUAUUUCCGAAUACAAUCGGUUCCGAAACAUCCUGUUAGUCACUUGUCUCUCCCGAGUGGUCUUCGGAGACUAUAUGAUGCACGGCCCUCUCACAUUCUUCCGUUUAGUGAGAGAGUAAAAAUUCUACUGAAUGAUUCGGGACUUACUGAUACUACAAUUCAACCUAUUAAUUUCUUUUCUUUCCCACCUUGGGAUACUCCAAAUUUCUCAUUUUUGAACCCAUUUACGGGAUUUGACAAAUCCGCAACAGCCCCUAUUAUCUUUCAGAAGCUUUUUAAAGAUCAUCGCAGUCAGUAUUAUUCGUACACAGAAGUAUUUACUGAUGGGUCAAAAUCUAAUAGUCAUGUUGGUAGUGGUGUUGUUUUACCCACUCAGACAUACAGCUAUAAUUUACCCACAUCAUUCUCUGUUUUGACUGCUGAAUUGGUUGCAAUAAUAUACGCCCUUGAAGUGAUUUCAACUUCUUGUACACGCACCUUUUGCAUCUACACUGACAGCAAGAGUGCUUUGGAAUCUCUUUCCAAUUUUAGUUAUUUAAUGCAUCCGGUUGCUUUGGAAAUCCUGGUUUUUCUUCAAUCCCUUGAAAACAAAGGGUUCGAAAUUCUAUUCUGCUGGGUUCCGAGCCAUGUCGGAAUACCGGGAAAUGAGAGGGCUGAUGCUGCAGCAAAAGCGGCAAGCUCUCUUCUUCACCGAGAACUUCCACAUAGCGAUGCAAAGACAUUUUUUGCACGCCAUGUCAGCAUGUUGUGGCAACGAUCUUGGGAUCAGCAGAUUUCCAAUAAGCUAUAUUCUAUCCAACCAAUGAUUCGCUUAUGGCCUACCAUCCCUGUGCGUGGGCUUGAUGUAAAAUUAAUUCGGCUCCGCAUCGGUCAUACCCGCUUCAGUCACAAACACCUUUUAUUUGGUGAACCACAUCCAACAUGUACGACAUGCCAGACAGUCUUAAGUUAUUCAAAGUAUUUGCCUAUUUUCACGGAUGGUUCCAAGACGGACGACCAUGUUGGUUGUGGUAUUGUUUUCCACAUGGAAACAUUCGGUUACACUCUGGUUUCCGAUUCCAAAGAUACUUUUCACUCGGUAUCACCAUUUCUUGUACAAAAAGCCAUAGUAGCAACCGUCGGUGAUGUUGCAGGUAUACGUAAACUGCGUUCUGGGGACUUGCUUAUAGAAGUUAAUUCUAAGAAGCAAGCGCAGCAAAUAACCAAACUAAAAGCAUUAGCUACAAUACCAGUUACUGUUUCCCCUCACUCUUCCUUAAAUUAUUCAAAAGGUGUCAUAACCUGUGGAGAGCUGUACAAUGUUUCUCUGGAAGAAAUAUCUAAAGGAUUUCAACAGCAAGGAGUUACUCAAGUACGCCGCAUAACCAUUCGGCGGGAUGGGCAACUCAUUAAUACAAAACAUCUCAUCCUCACUUUCCAUUCGCCUAAACUGCCUGAAUUUGUAAAAGCCGGAUAUCUGAAAUUACCUGUUAGAGCAUAUAUACCCAAUCCCUUAAGAUGUUUCCAAUGUCAACGUUUCGGCCACUCCAAAGCUAAUUGCCGCGGGACAGUAACUUGUGCCCGAUGUGCUGAAAAGGGUCAUGAAAGCCAGGAGUGCACUGCGCCAGAAAAGUGCGUCAAUUGUGGUGAAGAUCAUGCUUCCUUUUCGAGACUUUGCAAACGUUGGACUCUCGAGAAACAAAUAACCACUCUUAAGUUCAAAGAAAACAUUACAUAUCCUGAAGCUAGACGUAAAAUACUAGCUCAAACACCUACGCCUGGUUUAACCUAUGCUUCUGUGGUACAGAAACAGUUUUGUGUAAACUGUUCUUGUCCGAAUUGUGUAAAAUCUGCCACACACACAAAAACACUUGAAAAAUCAACUGAUUCAGAAACAGAGCAUUCCACAAACAAUGAAAUUGAAUUAUCGAAACUUGACAAACCUAAAAGAAAUAAAACAAAAUCUGGAAAGCAUUUGAAAUUACAACUCUCAAAACGCGGUCUUUCUCCACAGGAUAUUAGAACAAAACUUAGAAAAUCAACCUUGCGCAAUUCGGUUGCUUUGGGACUCGCAAAUCAAGGUGCAGUCCACAAAGACCUAACGUCCAUUUUUGGUGGCACAUCCAAAAAUGUAGACCUAAUCGCACUUCAUCCAUCUGAAGAAGAGGAUGAAGAACUUAAAAUGAGUUGCGAUGCUUCGCAACUUCUCAACACUGUUCCUAAUCCUUUACUUGAAGCAAAAGUUACUUAA